UUGCCGUAAACAGUCUUGGAUCAUUUGUUGUCUAAAUUAAUCUGGUCUGUGUAUAUUGGAAAGUCAAAGGUUUAAAAAAUGCACCUGCCUUUAAGUGUUUUCGCGUAUCAUUCGUCAGAUGUAAACUGGUGUGAACCAGAUUACGAAGUUUCAUCUUUCACAGUUGAGUUUUGGAACUCGAUUUCAGGCAUACCGAUGAUAGUUUUGUCAUUGAUUAUGAUCAGUUUAAAUGGCGAUUACACGCGUUUGGUACCACACUGCAGGUACGCGAAUGUGGUUUGGUGGCUGCUAGUGGUGACAGGUAUAGGAAGUAUAUAUUUUCACGCAACCUUGAGCCUUUUCGGGCAGUUUUUGGACGAGAUUAGUAUAAUAUGGUUGGGAUUUGCUGUGCUUGCGAUGUAUGCUGAACCGUCGGUCGUUUGCCUUCCUUCUUCAUUUAACAAGAACAGAACACUGUACCAGUCACUAAUGUUGGCAGCUGCUAUCGUGGCGACAACACUCUCGUUUGUCGAACCAAAGUUUAACCACGUGUGGUUGUUUCUGUUCGUUGUUCCUGUUGUCCGGGGAGUCACUAUGAAAAAAUCAAGGAAUCCUAAUAUGGAAAAGUUUCAAGCCUUGGGAAGAAAUGGUCUCGUGUUCUUAGCACUUGCAGUCAUAUGCUGGGUACUUGACAGAAUAUUUUGUCCGUUUAUGCUUUCAAUCCGUUUCCCUUAUCUUCACGCUGUUUGGCACAUUUUGGUUCUAAUUGCUGCAAAUAUGGUUUUCGUGUUUGGCGCCUUCGACUACGCAAACCAAACUGCUUCAAGGCAUGAACCGUAUCUCGCGUUUGUACCUUUACUUGGUUCAUAUGUUGGAAUAUGGUACGUCGCUUUUCGCUAG